GGAUCCCUGGGCCUAACGAAGAGCCCUGUAUAAUCACAGAGGGCAGAGGGAACAUCUUUGAAUAACUUGAACUUCCAGCUAUUUACAUCUUGCGUCUUUUCAGACGUGUGGGCAGAUCGAAAAUUUAUUAAUUUCUUACUGUAUUUACUUCGUAGAUUUCAAUUAAGAUAGUCCAUUUUCAGGAGGUCUGCCCGCAAUACAAAUUAAAAGAAAACAAACGUAUAUCUUAUUAAGAGACUAAUUGAUGUAGUGACCCUGCUACUUGGUAGAAGUGACGACCUGUGUAUUUUGAUUGUGAUCUCGAAUGUAAAUAUAAUAAGAGUAGAGGAAUUAUAACCUUCAUUGACGCCAUAGACGACUGACAUGAUGAAGAUUCAGCUUUGGGCGCCAGGGUUGAGGUGCUGACAUAGCAGUGACGGACUUCAAGAGGGACGUACAGGACAUCGUACUCGUAAUAAUGAAUCAGGACUAGAACUUGUCUACCCGGGAACACCAAGCCUGUGGGACAUUGACCAUUGGGUUUUGUUUCUAACAGUCUGCUGUGCAUCUGCUACUUCUCGCCACGUGUGUACGUGAGGGUUUUUUGCGUCUGGACACACCGUAGAGGCUUGUAGCGGACUCCUUUUUUCAAUAACAUGGCAAGCGAAGGCACUUACAUCCUUGGCCACAGCCAGACGAUGUCGGACAUCUCCGAGGCGUCCAGUGUGAGCGACACCCGGGGCUUGAUGGAGGAGAAGGAUGACGGCAAGCCACGAAGCUCUAUACCCAUGACGUCUUUCAACUUCAUCAACUCCAUCAUAGGAUCAGGCAUCAUAG